AUGUUCAGGAGUCAGACCUUCUCCGUGAGGCGGCGCUUCAGUGACUUCCUGGGUCUGUACGAGAAGCUGUCGGUGAAACAGUGUCUGCAGGGCUGCAUCAUCCCCCCCCCGCCCGAGAAGAGCGUCAUGGGAAUGACCAAGGUGAAGGUGGGGAUGGACGAUCCGUCGUCUGUGGAGUUUGUGGAGAGGAGGAGAGCAGCUCUGGAGAGGUACCUCCAGAGAAUAGUGAGCCACCCCACGCUGCUGCAGGACCCUGAUGUGAGAGAGUUCCUGGAGAGAGAAGAGCUGCCCAGAGCCGUGAACACUCAGGCCCUCAGUGGAGCAGGAUUCCUCAAAAUGAUCAACAAAGCUUCAGACGCAGUCAACAAGAUGACCAUCAAGAUGAACGAGGCCGACACCUGGUUUGAAGACAAGUUCCAGGAGGUGGAGAACGAGGAGCAGCAGCUGAGGAAGCUCAGUGCUGUAGUGGACUCUCUGGUCAAUCACCGCAAAGAGCUCUGCAUGAACACGGCGCUGUUUGCUAAGAGCAUGGCGAUGUUGGGGAACUCUGAGGACAACACGGCGCUGUCGCGGGCGCUGUCUCAGCUCGCCGAGGUCGAGGACAAGAUGGAGGCGCUGCACCAGGAGCAGGCCGCCAACGACUUCUUUGUCCUGGGGGAGCUGCUUUGUGACUACAUCCGCCUGGUGGGGGCCGUGAGGGGCUGUUUUGACCAGCGCAUGAGGGCGUGGCAGCGGUGGCAGGACGCUCAGAGCUCACUGCAGAAGAAGAGAGAAGCUGAGGCCAAACUGCUGUGGGCCAACAAGCCGGACAAACUGCAGCAGGCCAAAGAUGACAUCACCGAGUGGGAGUCCAGAGUGACGCAGUACGAGAGAGACUUCGACAGAGUGGGCAUGAUGGUGCGCAAAGAGGUGCUGCGCUUCGAGAAGGAGAAGGUGAAGGACUUCAAGAGUCAGAUCAUCAGAUACUUGGAGUCAAUGCUACAGUCUCAACAAAGACUGAUAAAGUUCUGGGAGGCUUUUCUCCCCGAGGCCAAAGCCAUCGCCUGA